GGCGUUCACACCUCUGGCUGCCUUCAUUUCCUGUUGACGACUGAGCGGGCGAGCGCCGGCGCCCUUUGCCAGGUCCGUCGGCCCGUUAGCCGGCGACUAGCGCCUCCCUUUGCCAGGUCUUCGACGUCCCCUUCGCCGUCGACUGGCGCCCAGCAGCCAGCAGGUCCGGUCGCCCCUUCUCGUCCUUCCUGCAGUUCGAAAGCGAGCAUCGAAACCCUAAAGCAAGCUACUUGUAUUUGAAUCUGGCACAAUUGCAAGUGUACACAUGUAUUGUGCCUACUAACUUAAAUUUUCUAUUUUUUUGGGAUUUCCUUAAUCCGUUGCACAAUUCAUGCGGGUUGCUUCAAUUUAGGUUUGUAUUCUGCAGUCUGCUGCAUACUUGUAGCAGUAGCACCAUUGAAUUGUUUCAUGGUUUACUUUUGAAAAUAAUAUGGAUAGCUUGUUAUUGAGCAGCAGAUCCUUUUCUAUCUGUCGUGUUCUGUCUGCCUGGUACAUUUGGAAGAAUGGGGGUUUACCUUAGCACUCCGAAAACUGAGAAGGUAUCCGAAGAUGGGGAAAAUGAUAAACUUAAAUUCGGAGUUUCAUCUAUGCAAGGGUGGCGUACAACUAUGGAAGAUGCUCACUCGGCUUUGCUAGAUCUCGACAAUGACACUGCGUUUUUUGGUGUUUUUGAUGGACAUGGAGGAAAAGUAGUCGCCAAAUUCUGUGCAAAAUAUCUACACAGAGAAGUUCUCAGGAGUGAAGCCUAUGCAGCUGGUGACCUGGGUGCUGCUGUCCACAGAGCUUACUUCAGAAUGGAUGAAAUGAUGCGAGGUCAAAGAGGAUGGCGGGAACUUCAAGCACUUGGAGAUAAGAUAAAUCAGUUUAGUGGCAUAAUAGAAGGCUUAAUUUGGUCUCCUAAAGCAAGUGAUUCAAAUGAUAGACAUGAUGAUUGGGCUUUUGAGGAGGGACCACACUCUGAUUUUACUGGGCCAAAUUGUGGGAGUACAGCCUGUGUAGCUUUGAUCAGAAAUAAGCAACUCGUUGUGGCAAAUGCUGGUGACUCCCGCUGUGUCAUCUCAAGGAAUGGUCAGGCAUACAAUUUGUCUAGAGACCAUAAACCAGAGCUCGAGGCAGAGAGAGAGAGGAUACGGAGUGCAGGCGGUUUCGUUCUAAUGGGGCGUGUAAAUGGAAAUCUAAACUUGUCAAGAGCUAUCGGAGACAUGAAGUUCAAACAAAACAAGUUCUUGCCCCCCGAUAAGCAAAUCCUGACUGCGAACCCCGACAUAAACAUUGUCGAGCUAUGUGAUGACGACGAAUUCAUUGUUUUGGCAUGCGAUGGCAUCUGGGACUGCAUGUCAAGCCAGCAGUUGGUCGAUUUCAUCCGCGAGCAUAUAGACACAGAGGAAAGCCUCUCGGCAGUAUGCGAGAGAGUGCUCGAUAGAUGCCUGGCUCCGUCGACCAUGGGCGGCGAGGGAUGCGAUAACAUGACGAUGAUCCUGGUGCAGUUCAAGAAGCCGAUUGCUCAGGUCGAGGACGCCAGCGGUGCAGAACCAGCUGGAGACGCUGGGUGCUGUGAGACCCAUGGGGCCCACGAGAACGGCUCUGGUAAGCAGGUGUAGCGAAGACGUGGCAUGCAUGGCUCUCGGAGUCUUGGACUCUUGGUACAUAUAGGCCUGACGCUGGACAUGGGUAAAACGGGAGUACGAUAGAUGACACCCUCUGUUCCUCAAUACAACCCGCUGUUGUGAUUUUUUGGUUACCUGACCACCUAUCUGUACAUUUUUGUGGAAAUGAUGUUACAGUAAUUAUUGUCCGGUCAAGCGGACCCCUUUUGAGUUUUGUC